UCCCCGCCCCUCUCUGAGGCUGGCUCUCCCUGCGUCUCCGCGGCUGACUUUGUCUCUGGGUCUGUUUCCAUCUCUCCGUCGGUCUCUGAUGUCUCUCUGGAUCUGCGGUCCCUCUCCCUCUGCUCGUGUCUCCCCUUCGCCAUCUCGAUGUCUCUGUGUCGGUAUCUUUUAUCUCUGCCUCUCCGUCUCUCUCUCACUCCGUUUGCCUGUAUCCCUGGGUCUUGAUGAACUCUCAGUCUAUACGGAUUUCUUUGCCUCCGUCUCCCCGUUUCUGGGCAUCUCUUCGCCUUUUUUCUUCCUGUCUCUCUAUCUCUCCGUAUGCCUCUGUCUCUGUCUCCACGUAUCUUAGACCCGGUUCUGGCAACUUCACUCCGUCGUCAUCCUUCUCCAACUUUCCCCUGGGCUGAGGAUCUUCUUGGGAGUCGGGCAGAAUCUUUACCGCUAAACCACUGGGGAAGAAUUCACCAAGGGCCCCCCAACACUGUCUCUGUGGAUGAGCCUGACUUCAGGUUUGGGGUACCGCAGAGUCAGCUCUGAACUGUGAAGCAGGGCCACCUCAUCUCAACUGCUCAGCCCCCACCAGGACCGAGCUGGAGCCCCUCCCAUGUCCCCGUUAAGUUUCCUGUAUUGGUAACCCUGUGCUGACAGAGCCCUUACUCACCACCUUCCUGUUUCUUUAAAACCCUUCCCACAUUCCCCAGACGAAGUCCUCCCUAUCUUUCAUCCCUCAUAGGACACCCCCUUUUUUUGUAGUCUUCUCCUCUUUGGUUACCUCCCUUAUUUCCAUAUUUCUUACUGGGUUCCUAGGAGGUGUCAGCACCCCUAUCCAUCUGGCCUGGUCUUCUCCACUCCCAAACUGUGGACUGCCCUAUCUCAACACUAUCCCAUACAUUUCCUACGUCUUCUUGGACAUUUCACCUCACUGUUACUACAGCAUAGCCAUGGUUACUUUCUACAUCCUCCACAAAUCUCUGUCUCUCACCACUGCCCACUGAUGCCUUCAUCUCUCCCGUAUAAACACUCCCCUUGGUCAAUCGUGUGUUACCCCAGUACUCUCCCAUUUAAGUUCUGGUUGGGUCUAUAAAACCUCCUUGACAAAGCUCUUUGUUAAUCCUGCCACCCCCAAACCUCCCUCCUGUUGUAAUUCUAUCCCUUCUCCAACUUUUCCCUUUGAAGCCUCUGUCCUUCCCUGCCUAGCCUGGCCCACGAUUCACAGCCCACCUCAUCCUCUAACCCCGUGAACUGCCUCCCACCAUGUUCCCCUGAGCCUCCAAGGAGGGGGCUCAGGGAGGCCUGAUGGCCUCCCGCCCCCCGUGGCCCCACAGCCCCUGUGGGCCAGGGGAAGCACCCCAAAAGACCCAGUGCCAAGGAUGGGCAACCGCACCUUGGAGGGCUGCCACGUGGACUCUCGUGUGGACCACCUCUUCCCACCCUCCCUCUACAUCUUCGUCAUCGGCGUGGGGCUGCCCACCAACUGCCUGGCCCUGUGGGCCGCCUACCGCCAGGUGCGGCAACGCAACGAGUUGGGCGUGUACCUGAUGAACCUCAGCAUCGCUGACCUGCUGUACAUUUGCACGCUGCCACUGUGGGUGGACUACUUCCUGCACCACGACAACUGGAUCCACGGCCCCGGCUCCUGCAAGCUCUUCGGGUUCAUCUUUUACACCAACAUCUACAUCAGCAUCGCCUUCCUGUGCUGCAUCUCGGUGGACCGGUACCUGGCCGUGGCCCACCCCCUGCGGUUCACCCGCCUGCGCCGUGUCAAGACGGCCGUGGCCGUGAGCUCCGUGGUCUGGGCCACGGAGCUGGGCGCCAACUCGGCACCCCUGUUCCAUGACGAGCUCUUCCGCGACCGUUAUAACCACACCUUCUGCUUCGAGAAGUUCCCCAUGGAGGGCUGGGUGGCCUGGAUGAACCUCUACCGGGUCUUCGUGGGCUUCCUCUUCCCCUGGGCCCUCAUGCUGCUGUCCUACCGCGGCAUCCUGCGGGCCGUGCGGGGCAGCGUGUCCACCGAGCGCCAGGAGAAGGUCAAGAUCAAGAGGCUGGCCCUCAGCCUCAUCGCCAUCGUGCUGGUCUGCUUCGCACCCUACCACGUGCUCCUGCUGUCGAGGAGCGCUGUCUACCUGCGCCGCCCCCGGGACUGUGGCUUCGAGGAGCGAGUCUUCUCGGCAUAUCACAGCUCGCUGGCCUUCACCAGCCUCAACUGCGUGGCUGAUCCCAUCCUCUACUGCCUCGUCAAUGAGGGCGCCCGCAGUGACGUGGCCAAGGGCCUGCACCACCUGCUCCGCUUUCUGGCCAGCGACAAGCCCCAGGAGAUGGCCAAUGCCUCGCUCACCCUGGAGACCCCGCUCACUUCCAAGAGGAACAGCAUGGCCAAGGCCAUGGCUGCCGGCUGGGGGGCAGCUCCGCCCACCCAGGGGGACCAGGUGCAGCUGAAGAUGCUGCCCCCGGCACAGUGAACCUCGAAUCCUGCAGAGCCCCCACUCCUCCGGUCUAAUCUCCCACUCCCUUCCCUUCUGGCCCAGUGUAUGCAAAUUGUAUGUAAAUAAGGCCCUGAUACUAUUCAUAAAAUGUAAGAAAAUAGGUAAACAGUGAGGCUGAUGUGUCACUGAUCAGCCAUCAUCCUCUGCCAUGA